AUGGCGGACUACGGUGAGGAUGUUUGGGAGAACGACUAUGACGAGAACGAGGAGGACAUGGAGGAUGAGUCCAUCACCGCCGAGGACUGUUGGACCGUGAUCUCAUCCUUCUUCGCCAAGAAGGGUCUCGUGUCGCAGCAGAUUGACUCUUUCGACGAGUUCGUCACAACGACUGUUCAGAGCCUGAUGGACGAAUACUCCACCGUCAGCCUCGACCAGAAGCUACCGCCAAGCGACGAACCCGAGCCUGCGCGUAUGCGCCGAUACGAGAUCAAGUUUGGCCAUGUCCUUGUCACCCGUCCCAACGUCACCGAAGGUGAUGGUGCAGUCAAGAACCUUUUGCCCUAUGAAUGCCGCGACCGGAAUCUUACCUACUCUUGUCCCAUUUACGUUCGCAUAACAAAGGAGGUGAAGAUCGCGAGAGAAAAGGAAGUCCCGUAUGACGAGAUGGACCCAGACCAGCGCCAGCACUACGAGGAGACUCAGGAACGCCCCACGACCAUAGUAUGGGAGAUGGAGGAGUCCGAAAAAGCAGGCGACAAGAAGAAGACCGGUCCUGAGCAUUUGCGAGACAUGGUGUACAUUGGAAAGAUGCCCAUCAUGGUCAAGUCACAGAUUUGUCACUUGCGCAACGAGGACGAUGCCGGCCUGUUCCUACUGAAUGAGUGCCCUUACGAUCAGGGUGGUUACUUCAUCAUCAACGGCAGUGAAAAGGUGUUGAUCGCCCAGGAGCGGUCUGCAGCCAACAUUGUGCAGGUCUUCAAAAAGGCCCAGCCAAGUCCAGAUCUGUACCAUGCCGAGAUUCGAAGUGCGCUGGAGAAGGGCUCUCGACUCAUCAGCUCCUUGACCUUGAAGCUCAAGGCCAAAGGCGAGACAGGACGAGGCGGUUUUGGCCAAACCAUAUCCACCACGCUACCGUACAUCAAAUCCGACGUUCCGAUCGCCAUCGUGUUCCGAGCGCUCGGUAUGGUCAGUGACGAAGACAUCCUGAACGCUGUCUGUUACGACCACAACGAUACCCAGAUGCUGGAGAUGCUGCGACCUUGUAUUGAGGAAGCAUUUGCUGUACAGGAUCGUGAGGUUGCCCUUGACUUCAUUGGCAGGCGCGGGAAUAACGGUCACCAAGUCGCCAAAUACAUUCGUAUCAAGAACGCCAAGGAUGUCUUACAAAAGGAGCUGUUGCCACAUAUCGCCCAGACCGAAGGUUGCGAGACGAGGAAGGCGUUUUUCCUUGGUUAUAUGACUCACAAAUUACUGCAGUGUGCUCUCGGUCGGCGCGAUACCGACGACCGUGACCAUUUCGGCAAGAAGCGAUUGGACUUGGCUGGACCACUCCUGGCAAAGUUGUUCCGAAAUAUUGUCAAGAAGCUCACAGGCGAUCUCAUGGCCUACAUGAAGCGAUGCAUUCAAGAAGAAAAGGGCUUUGACCUCACACUUGGUAUCCGUCACGGCACUUUGACCAACGGCCUCAAGUAUUCUUUGGCGACUGGAAACUGGGGCGACCAGAAGAAGGCUAUGAGCUCUACUGCUGGCGUCUCCCAGGUUUUGAAUCGCUACACCUUCUCCUCCACGCUCUCCCAUUUACGGCGCACAAACACACCCAUCGGCCGUGAUGGAAAGUUGGCCAAGCCGCGUCAACUGCACAACACUCACUGGGGAUUGGUCUGUCCAGCAGAAACCCCCGAAGGUCAGGCUUGUGGUCUUGUCAAGAACUUGUCGCUCAUGUGCUACGUGAGUGUUGGAACACCAGCAGACCCCAUCAGAGAAUUCAUGAUCCAGCGGAACAUGGAGGUACUGGAAGAGUACGACCCUGCUUCAAACCCAUUCGCGACCAAGAUCUUCAUCAACGGCACGUGGGUUGGUGUUCACCAGGACCCAAAGCACCUCGUCAGUCUUGUCCAGGACCUCCGACGCAAGAGUAUCAUUUCCCACGAGGUCUCCCUUGUCCGUGACAUUCGUGACCGUGAGUUCAAGAUUUUCUCAGAUGCUGGCCGAGUGAUGCGGCCUUUGUUCGUAGUAGAGCAAGAGGACAACCAUGAAACCGGCGCGAUGAAGGGUACUUUAGUGCUCAACAAGGAACACAUCCGGCGUCUCGAGGCUGAUCAGAAUCUGAACCCGGCGGACGACGAGUACUUUGGCUGGGACAGUCUGCAGCACAGUGGCGUCAUUGAGUAUCUGGAUGCCGAGGAAGAAGAGACGGCGAUGAUCUGCAUGAGCCCUGAAGAUCUUGAUGAGUAUCGAGAGGCAAAGAAGAGGCCAAAGCAGACCGAAGAAGAACACCACCAAGAGAAAUUGGACCGCCUCAAUGACGACUCGACGGAUCUGAACGCCCGGGUCAAGACAAAGAUCAACACUGACAUCAACAUGUACACCCAUUGUGAGAUCCAUCCAAGCAUGCUUCUCGGGAUUUGUGCAAGCAUUAUUCCGUUCCCGGAUCACAACCAGUCCCCGCGAAACACCUACCAGUCGGCUAUGGGUAAACAAGCCAUGGGCUUCUUCCUUACCAACUACUCUCGGCGCAUGGACACGAUGGCAAACAUUCUGUACUACCCUCAGAAACCUUUGGCGACAACGCGCUCCAUGGAAUUCCUCAAGUUCCGAGAGCUUCCUGCCGGCCAGAAUGCGAUUGUAGCCAUCGCCUGUUACUCGGGUUACAACCAAGAGGAUUCCGUCAUCAUGAACCAGAGCAGUAUUGAUCGCGGCCUAUUCCGAAGUCUCUUCUUCCGUUCUUAUACCGACUCGGAAAAGCGAGUGGGCAUCAACGUUGUCGAGUCUUUCGAGAAGCCGUUCCGCUCCGACACACUCCGAUUGAAGCACGGCACAUACGACAAGCUCGACGAUGACGGAAUUAUCGCACCCGGCGUUCGUGUCUCCGGUGAAGACAUCAUCAUUGGAAAGACAUCGCCGAUCAACCCUGACAACCAAGAACUGGGGCAACGGACUGCACAACACGUCAAGCGAGAUGCUUCGACUCCACUUCGAAGCACAGAGAGUGGUAUCAUCGACUCCGUCAUCGUCACGACCAACCAAGAUGGUUUGCGCUACGUGAAGGUCCGUGUUCGUACCACUAAGAUCCCUCAGAUUGGUGACAAGUUUGCUUCUCGUCACGGUCAGAAGGGCACUAUUGGUGUUACUUACCGUCAGGAGGACAUGCCCUUCAGUCGGGAAGGUGUUGUGCCCGACAUCAUCAUCAACCCCCACGCUAUUCCGUCGCGUAUGACAAUUGCCCAUUUGGUCGAGUGUCUCUUGUCCAAGGUGUCGACCUUGAAGGGAAUGGAAGGCGAUGCAACGCCCUUCACCGAUGUCACUGUCGACUCUGUCUCUGACCUGCUUCAAGCGCACGGAUAUCAGUCACGUGGCUUUGAAGUCCUCUACCAUGGGCACACAGGGCGCAAGCUCAAAGCUCAGGUCUUCUUCGGCCCGACAUACUAUCAACGUCUACGACACAUGGUGGAUGACAAGAUUCACGCCCGUGCUCGCGGUCCGGUGCAGAUCAUGACGCGGCAGCCCGUAGAGGGUCGUGCCCGGGACGGUGGUCUUCGUUUCGGAGAAAUGGAACGUGAUUGUAUGAUUGCUCACGGUGCCGCAGCCUUCCUCAAGGAGCGUCUGUUCGAGGUGUCAGAUGCAUUCAGAGUCCAUAUUUGUGAGAUCUGUGGACUCAUGACGCCGAUUGCAAACCUUACCAAGCAGUCCUUCGAAUGCCGGCCCUGCAAGAACAAGACCAAGAUUGCGCAGGUGCACAUUCCGUAUGCUGCCAAGCUACUUUUCCAGGAGCUGGCAGCUAUGAACAUCGCCUCGCGCAUGUUCACUGAUAGGUCGGGCGUGUCCAUCCGAUAA